CAUUUAAAAAAUAAAAAUAAAAAGCGCGGCAUAACAUUUUGCAUAAAUAUUUUUCUUUUCUUUUCUUUUUUCUCUCACACACAAGAAAUAAUAUGAAGACAUUACUCUUGUUAUCAUUACCCUUGCUGACAAACAUUGUAGUUUCUGCAGACAUUGCCCAAAAGGUGCUUCAUGAAAAAGACACGCCUAUUAUCAAGUCUGUUGCCAUCAUUGGCGGAGGAGCCUCAGGCACUUCGACAGCAUUUUGGCUAAGCAAUGUAUUUCCAGAAGAUGAAAACGUUCGCGUAACUAGUACAAUUUUCGAAAGAAACAUGUAUUUGGGAGGUCGUAGUACGACUGUGGCUAUCAAGGACGAUCCUGGGCUUGGUAUGAUUGAGCUGGGCGCUUCCAUCUUUGUGGAGGCUAACAAGAACUUGAUGAAGGCGACAGAGCGGUUCGGCUUAGAACUAACUCGGUUAACUGCACUUGCGGAUGAAGUAGAGAGUACAAGACCGGGAUUAGGUGUAUGGGACGGUGAAGAGUUUGUGUUUGAAGAAACAGGAAGUUAUUGGGAUAGUAUGAAGGCUCUUUGGCGUUACGGGUUUACACCCCUCCGAUUUCAAAGUACGCAAAAGAGUGUGGUUGAAAAAUUCAUGGACUUGUAUGAUACAGAACAUGGUUUUGAAAACAUUCAAAAGAUUGUAAAGUCGCUUCAAUUUGAAAGCUUGUUGAAUCAAACAGCCGCUGCUUAUUUAAAAGAAUUGGGUAUCAAUGAACUCUUUUCGCAUGAAAUCCUGCAAACAGCCACUCGAGGAAACUAUUGUCAGAACCUGGACUCGUUACAUGCUCUGGCUGUCAUGGUCUCCAUGGAAGCGGGUCAUGGCACAUGGGCGGUGGAAGGCGGCAACUUUAGGAUCUUUGAAGAGUUCGCGCGUCGUUCUCAAGCAGCACUCCAAUUGGGUACAAAAGUCGUCUCAGUGCAUAACAUUACGGAAGUAGAUGCUUUGGGAUACCAUGAACAUCGUUAUGUAGUUGAGACUACAGAUGGAAAUUUACAAGUGUUUGACGAUGUUGUACUGGCUGCCCCCUUAAAAUUUUCGGGUAUCCAGUUCCCCUUUUCGACAAAGGAGUAUCAAAGAGAUUAUCACGUGGUGCAUGUAACACUGGUAGCAGGUCAUGCCGAUCCAAGUUAUUUUAAACGAACCCUCGAUACCAUGCCUACCUUUGUAGUCACCACUGGAACUCCUUUAGCCGACAAGUUUGAAAAUGGCAAAGCUCCCUUUGAUACGUUCUCAAUUCAUCGUGUACUGGAAAAUGGAGAGACAGUUAUCAAAAUUUUCUCACCCAGUAAGCUCUUGGAGAGUGAGUUGGACCAAUUGUUUUUAAAUCGAACUUGGGUACACUAUAAAGGAUGGCACGCAUUCCCUCAACUCCAUCCUGUCACUGACACUGACGAUUUCCCACCCUUUUUACUAAGGGCAGAUGAGGAAGAUGAUUUUGGUAUUGUGUAUACUGGCGCAUUUGAAAAUUUUAUUUCGACGAUGGAGACACAGACUAUUUCAGGUAAGAAUGCGGCACGAUUACUCUAUGAGAAAUGGUGUCAUACGAAGCAAGGGUUCAACAAGCAUUGUCAAGAGUUUGGUGAUGGAUGGGGUAGUUCUUAAAUUUAUUUGACCAAAUAAACAUCAGACAUAUUUUCCAGUUCAAUAUUUCUUCUCGACA